AUGAUGGUGCGUGCACAAGGGUGGCAUGGUUGGGUAAAGAUAUUGAACUCCCUCCCCGUCUGUUUCUCCCUUCCUCUUACUCUUUACUUAUUCCCAAGUGCAAUUGCAUACACCCGGAAGGGGUUUUGGUCAUGUGACCACUUCCGACUUUUCCCUAUUAGCUACUGUUUUCUGCUUCCUUUAUUUCCGUCGCUUGCUUUGAUCCCUCAUGUUGUACAGGGCUUUUACCACGAGCGUGUGCAGUGCUACUUUUUUUUUUCCUUUUCACUUUGCUCGUUACCAAUCCCUUUGCUACUUAGUGUUAGGGGCGAGGAGGAAGGGGGUUUACUCAUCAAUAAGUGGUCAACGGAAAGGAGACGAAAAGGGAGGGGGGAAAAAUAG